CUAUUCAAAAUGGCAGCGUCUCAAUCAGGAAGUAAGGAAAACAACUACGAAGACUAACUUGGAUAAAUAUCCCAGUUUAAGCUACUUUGACGCGAGUGAUUGUACAGAAUCAAGGCCAGUGUUUUCGUGGUAAAGACUGACUGCAUAUAGCCCGCUCAUGGUCAUGGAGAGCACUUGUCCUUGUUGAAGUACCGUCUCAAAAGCAGCCAGUACAUCAUUGGCGGUAGAGAGGUGCACAGUCUUUGUCUGCUGGUAGUCAUGUGUGAAGCUCUGGUCUGAUGUCCACCCUUACCUCAGUGCUGGCCAUGGACGGGGAGAAUUACCUGCAUCCAGAAGGCCCUCAGCUGAACAGCAGCCUUUUCUCGGUGGACCCCUCAAACAUGGAGAGUUCAAUAUUUGGCUCCUCUGGUUCCUGGGGAUCGUUCCCUCAUCAGCCUGGAUACUGUCCUAUGCAAUCUGGAAACCAGCAAUACCACUUAAAUAGCAGCACUACCACCAACAUUCCUGAUAUGCACAUGAGCAUGUACACAGGAUUCCCUGACAUGGAUUUAACCAGCCUCAACCUCCAUAAAAAUGGAAACGGAGACUUCCCCCAGGACCUGUCCUGCAUUGAUGACCUCUCGACCUCUCUGUUCUCCUCUCCGGCGGACUCACUGUCCGAGUACGCUGAUACCACGCCCUACAUCAGCGCUAACCCCCAGGAACCACUGCCCUCCAUCUGGGACAUUAACACCAACACUAGUACCGCCACCACACAAGCACAGAGCCACUUAGAGCAGAAUGGCACCAGCAGGUUUCAAGGCCUUACCAGUUUGGAAGACAUUUCCGCUAUAAUCAGCACCCCAUCUUUAGGAUUCCAGGCUCAGGUAACGCAGUCCUCACCAGAGGAGGAAGAGGAGGCUGAAGAGGAGGAAACAGAAGAGCUGGGGCAUGUCGACACAUAUGCUGAGUACAAACCCUCCAAAUCAACAAUAGGAAUUUCACAUCCUGACAUUGUUGUGGAAACCAACACACUGUCCAGCGUCCCUCCUCCUGACAUUACCUACACUUUAUCUAUCCCUGAGUCAACUAUUAACAGUGGUCUGCUGUCUGCACUGCAGCUGGAGGCCAUCAUCUACGCCUGCCAGCAACACGAGGUGAUCCUGCAGAACAAACAGAGAGCGGGCUUCCUGAUUGGAGACGGGGCGGGUGUUGGAAAGGGGCGCACCGUGGCGGGGAUCAUUCUGGAGAACUACCUUAAGGGACGAAAAAAGUCACUGUGGUUCAGCAUAUCCAAUGACCUGAAAUAUGACGCAGAGAGAGAUCUCAAAGACAUAGAUGCACCAAAUAUUCCGGUGCAUGCCUUAAAUAAGAUAAAGUAUGGAGACACAGCUACCUCAGAGGGAGUUCUUUUUGCAACUUAUUCUGCGCUCAUUGGAGAGAGCCAGGCGGGGGGGCAGCACCGGACACGGAUUAAACAGAUCCUGGACUGGUGCAAGCAGGACUUUGAUGGAGUCAUUAUUUUUGAUGAAUGCCACAAAGCCAAGAAUGCCACAUCCACCAAAAUGGGCAAGGCAGUCCUGGACCUGCAGAACAAGCUGCCGCAGGCCAGAGUGGUGUACGCGAGCGCCACAGGAGCCUCUGAGCCAAAGAACAUGAUUUAUAUGAGCCGCCUGGGAAUCUGGGGCGAGGGCACACCCUUCAGAACCUUUGAUGACUUCCUGCAUGCCAUUGAGAAGAGAGGGGUCGGGGCUAUGGAAAUUGUGGCCAUGGACAUGAAAGUGAGCGGGAUGUAUAUUGCCAGACAGCUCAGCUUUUCUGGCGUUUCUUUCCGCAUCGAGGAGAUCGGCCUGGAUAAUGACUUCAAAGAGGUUUACAACAAAGCUGCCAAGCUGUGGGCCGAGGCGUUAAAAGUCUUCAUGCAAGCAGCUGACGACCUGGGCCUGGUCAGCAGGAAGUCCCUGUGGGGACAGUUCUGGUCGUCCCACCAGCGCUUCUUCAAGUACCUUUGCAUCGCUGCCAAAGUGCGCUGCCUGGUGGAGCUGGCUCAGAAGGAGCUGGAGGCUGGAAAGUGUAUAGUUAUAGGGCUUCAGUCUACCGGAGAAUCACGCACCAGGGAGGUCUUGGACGAAAACGACGGCCAUCUUGACCGAUUUGUUUCUGCGGCAGAGGGAGUUUUCCAGUCUCUUGUAACAAAGCACUUUCCUUCAGAGAAACAAAGGAGGGAGAAGGCACCGGGGAGUAAGAGGAAAAAAGGGAAACCUCGGGGUCGCCAGCCAAAGAUGCCUAAGCACACCGUGGACAGCGGUGGCAUCAUAAACAUCUCCGAUGACAGCAGCAGUGACUCUGAAGGAAUGGACACCGACUCCAACUCCUCGCCAGACUCUCUGCAGGACAACGAUGACGUCAUCUUUGUUACCCACACUAGCUCCCAGUCAGCCAGAAUAGAGGAGAUGAAGCAGAGUCUGCUUAAUAAGAUCGCUGAACUGGGGAAAGAACUACCUCUCAACACUUUGGACGUGCUCAUAGACAAGUUUGGAGGACCUGAUAAAGUUUCUGAGAUGACUGGACGGAAAGGCCGCGUCGUCAGACGUCUAGACGGCACCGUUCGCUAUGAGUCCCGUGCAGAGCAAGGCUCCACAAUUGACCAAAUUAACAUCAAGGAGAAGGACCGCUUCAUGACUGGAGAAAAGUUGGUGGCUAUCAUCUCAGAGGCAGCCAGUUCAGGGAUCUCCCUGCAAGCGGACAAACGAGUGAAAAACCAGAAGCGGCGGGUCCACAUGACACUGGAGCUGCCUUGGAGCGCAGACAGGGCCAUUCAGCAGUUCGGCCGCACUCAUCGGUCCAAUCAGGUCACAGCACCAGAAUACAUCUUCCUCAUCUCAGAGUUGGCCGGGGAGAGACGUUUUGCAUCUAUUGUGGCCAAACGACUGGAGAGCCUGGGAGCUUUGACCCAUGGGGACAGAAGAGCCACUGAAAGCAGGGACCUGAGCAAGUACAACUUUGAGAACAAGUAUGGUACCAAGGCGCUGGAUAAAAUCACCAAAUCAAUCAAUGGCUACAUAGACAACAAGGUGCCUCCUCCCAGAGGAUACCCUGGGGGCGACUCCAUGUUCUUCAAAGAUAUGAAAUAUGGAAUGAUUGAUGUGGGUAUCAUCAGUAAGGAGCCUCGCUUUGGUAUCAGUACAGAGAAAGACUGCAGCAUCACCAAGUUCCUGAACCGCAUCCUGGGCCUGGAGGUCCACAAGCAGAACUACCUCUUCCAGUACUUCACCGAUAACUUUGACUACCUGAUAGAAAAGGACAAGAAGGAGGGCAAAUAUGACAUGGGAAUCCUGGAUCUGGCUCCUGGUAACGAUGAGAUUUAUGAGGAAAAGCAGGAAACGUUCCUGACUGCCGGAAAUCCUCAAGAUGGACAAGUUGUUCUUUAUAAGAUCAGCGUGGACAGAGGAAUGCCCUGGGAGGAGGCGUACAACCGGUCGCUGAAGCUCACUGGUCCCGAUGAGGGAUUCUACCUUUCCCACAAGCUGCGAGGUAACAGUCCGUGUGUGCUGCUGGCUGAGCAGGGAAGAGGUAAAAACUUCAACAUCUACAAGCCCAACAUUGGAAAGCAGCAGCUCCCCGAGAGCCUCAACAAGCUGCAGCAACGUUACAGGAAGGUUACUUACCUGGAGGCCAGGGAGAGCUGGGAGAACCAGUUUACCUUUUCCUUCAAGAACUGUAGCCACGCCAACUGGAAUGGGAAGUGUAAGAAGAUUGAAGAGGGCCAGGAGUGCCUGGCAGGGAUGCGCCUCCGUCAGUAUCACAUGCUGUGUGGAGCUUUGUUGCGGGUGUGGAAGCGGGUCUCGGACGUUGUGUCUGACAUCACCAGCACCAGCAUUCUGCAGAUCGUACGCCUCAAAACGAAGCAGCAUAACAAGCAAGUCGGCAUCAAGAUCCCAGAGAACUGUGUGGCUCGCGUUCGUGAGGAGCUGCUGCAGAUGGACACAGAGGUGAAACGGAGACGGAAAGAGAAGGAGCUGAAGGAGCUGCAGGAGCGCAAGUGGAAGCUGGAGCAGCAGGAAAAUAAGCAUCGUCUGGAGAACUUGUUCAGUCAGAAAGCCUUACCCAAUCAGUCCCUCAGCCAGAACCUUAACCAAAACGCUCUACAGACCACCCAGCCUGUGAGCUUCUCCCAGUUACCAGAAUUGACUCAGCAGAACUCCCAUGGCCUGUCGCUGUUCUCUUUGCAGAAUCAAAACGGCUGGUGUCCGUUCCCCAACAGCACGGUCAGCCACAGACCUCCCCAGUUUUACAACCCUACUUAUUUCCAGCAGUCCAAGAACCCGCUGCCUCCACUCUGCCAGUUCGUCCCGCCUCCCAGUUUAUCUUCCAAGAACCCUUUGGAUGAAAUCUUGGACCUGACAGUGAGCCCGCCCUCUUCGUCUCCAGACACCACCUCAGCCAACCCGGCAGCGUUUGUGGACGAUUUCAACCUGGACGCUCUUCUGGCCGCCCCCGCUCCAGACACGUCGAACACCAUGCAGACGGCGCCGUCUCAGCUCGAUCUGCAGCACAUCCUCCAGGCUCUGCAGCACACCCAGGAUAACGCACAGGCCGCUGCGCCUUUAUUCGACCUGCAGCCCCACCAACAGACCCAACAGGAUCCACAGAAGCAGGAGCAGAACCCCACCCUGCUGGCUCAUUUACAGCAGCAGGACUUAGACGAUCUUUUUGAGUCUCUGUCUCCACAGAUGUCCACGCAGAAAGCCAACCCUUCGUCUUCCAACUCGUCCUGUGCUUCCUCUGCGUCCUCCACCUCACCCCACUUCUCCAACCCAUCGUCCUCCUCGUCCUCCUCCCUGUUCUCAAGCUCGCCCUCCAGCUUUCCAGGCUUCAUCCUCCCAGCCUCAAACUCGCUGCCCAACGGCCACUGCAGCUCGGGCGCUCUGGAUGUCCGCGAGGCUCUGAACAGCAUGCUGCAAGCUGGCCCAGACCGCAAGUCCGUCAUUCAGUACCGUCAGCAAGAAUAAUAGUUACAAACUACCUGGAAUAUGUCCUGUUUGAUGGUGUUUGGUUUGUCUUUUUAAAGCAGAUCGCAUCGUGUUUGCUGCUGUCUAGAAUCGCACCCUCAGACCUACCCCACCCUCCGUCCUCCUCGCCCCCCCCCCUCAGGGCCAAUAGUCACGUCACUGCCUGUCCUGUGCUGGACCCCCCACCCCCAAAAUCCCACCACAACCCCACCCCUCUUCUCCUCCUUCACCUCCUUCCUCCUGAGGUAAUGGCAGACUCAGUCGUUAACUGAUUUCUGCACCAAAGUGUGAUCUUCGCAGAAAAAGGCAGCUGUUUUCAAACUUUUGUUUUUUAAAGGAUGCAAAAAAAACCUUAAAUGAAAUCUGGAGCUGUCAAAAAUGCUUUCAUUAAGACGUGGUAAUCUUUAAGGAUAUAUUUAGUAAACGUUCUGCCGCUGAUUCUGAGGUGUAAUGAGCGAUGUCACUGGAAGCUCUAAAAUGCCUCUCGCCAACGCUGACUUUUGAUUUCUCUGUUACUUUCCUCGCUUUAGAAAAACAAACAGGCGCUGCUGAGCUUCGAAACAUUCAGCUGGAUGACGAGAAGGAGGAAAAUAGGAAGUGGUUGAGAUGAUUAGCCAUGAAAUGCCUCUGUUUUAAGCCGUUUCCUCCUCCUGCUUCUCUCCCUGCUUCUAUGAACACUAGUGCGAGGAAACGAGGGUGAGGACCAUCAGUCUGCUGUUGCAAACAGUGCCUUCAGAGAAAAACUUAGAAAUGCAGUCUUUAAUAAUCCAUGUAGCCUAAUGUAUAGAUUUGUACUCCUGAGCGGUGGUUUUAUCUUUAAUGUAUUUGUAUUUAACUUUGACCCCAUGAAUGAGCGAGUGAGUCAUCUGGUGUUUGUGUUACAUUGUGCUGGUGUCGGGGGUGGAGGAACAUUAUUCUGGUGUCAGAUUGUCUGCUUUGCUGCUCUUUGGAUGAAAAAUGUUAAAAUAAAAGUUAAAGGAGGGUUUUAGGUAUUAGAGAUGUCAGCUAGUGGUAGAUUUGCACACAAAUAUGGCGUGUUGGAUGCAGAAUCUCACCCAGUUUGGAUUUUUCCAGGCCUCUGAGGAAUGAUAACACUACACCCCAUCAGGUUCUCACCAGGACUGCUUGAGUAAAAUGCAGCUCUGUUGCUCCAUGUUUUAUCCUCAGCAUGUCCUUCUCGUUUUUACAUCUCCCAUCCUUUACCUGUGUCUGUCUCACCGUGCUCUGUUUUUAAAAAAAAAAAAAAAAAACUUCUUUUCUUUUUUUUUUUUCUCAACAGCGGAUUUUAGCUCACGUCUGAUGCUGAUUCUGUUUCAGAUUGCCGCUCUUUCGGUGCACCUCGACUCGUUUUCAGUCCAUGUGUGUCUGUGGUUCUUUUUACAUUUGCUUUCACUUGGCAUGAGCUGGUAUGAGAUUAUUGUGUAAAAAAAAAAAAAAGUCAACUUUAAAGCAAAAAAAAAAAAACGUUUAUCCCUUAUCUGCUAAAAUAAUAAUAUUUAUUAUGAUGAUAAAUAUAAUGACCUUAUCUGUUAGAUUUAUGUUAUUCUAUAAAAACAAAAAAUGUAAAUAAAUACAUUUUUUCAGCCACAUGUCUGAGAAUUGACCGGUAGUGAAGAGAAACAGGUGGGGGCAGCACCAUGUCAUUGAAAGAUUUUUAAACUGCAGUGAUGUCAUGAGGUUAAAUGUAAAAAGCUGAGUUGCAGUGAACAGCUAACAGUAACCAGCUCAUGCCUCGUUUCGUGUCUUCACUUCUAGCAGAUCACUAAUCAUCUCUUUCAUGAUUGGAAUUAAAUCCAGAAAGUUUUUGUAGCAUCUGAGUAAAUUCUGCCCUUUUUUGUUUAUUUCUAUAAAAGAAGCAUGAGCUUCCAUCUUUGUUAAAGCUUCUGAGAUCCGCUCGUUUAGGUUCCUGUCACGUCGCCAGAUGAUCAACUGAUCAAAAAGCAAUAACCAAUAGUUUGGAAAAAAAAGAAGGGCAAACGUUUACGCUCAGCAGGGCAAACCUUUGGCUGUGCUUUCAUGGUAUGAAUCUCCUUUAUUUCUGUCUUGUACGUUUGUAAAGUAUAGUUUAUCUCGAUGAACAUCACAAGUUCUUGAUGUCAUUGCUAUUAUAAAACCUAUUGUUAUUUAUAUUUAAGGGAUAUUUAGAUUUUAGAUAUGUUAUCUUAUUAUGAUAGUCAGUGGUAUAUUACGGUCAGGGAUGUUACUUGUGUUGAAGAUUAUUGCUAUAAAAAAAAAAAAACAACAAACAAACAAAAAAAACAGAUUUCAUUAUAACCUGCCACCAAAUAAGAUUGCACUGUUCUGUACUGCUGUACAGCAUCUGGGUUUAUUUUAACUCCCGCUUUCCUUUCCACUCGUUCGCCUUUUGUCCCAGAAAUACCAAAGUGUUCCACAGACAGAAACCCUAAAGAAACUGGCUCCAACAUGCAAGACCUUUAAGAAAUCUCAGGAAGAAACCCAGCGUGUCGGGGCGUUGACAUAAUUAUGUCCUUUCCCUCGGUAACAGUGAUUAAACUAACGAAUCUUUUUGUCUUUGUUUUGUUUUGUUUUUUCUCCUAACUCUUUGCUGUGAGUGUUGCUGUAUUUAUGUUGAGAACUUAAUGUGAUGAGUUUGUGAAACUGUUGGUGAUUUUAAAUGUUUAUGCCAUCUUAGCUCAAAGAUCAAAGCCUCUCUCUGUUAAGGAAUCGUACUUUUCUGUGGAAAGUUUCGUCAUUUUGUUUGGUUUUUAAUUCAGUCACACCUGGUUAUGCUUUAGCGUAUCAAUAGCAAAUCCUAGCCUCCCUCUCCUCCCAGAAGGUUCAAACUAACACAAAAUAAAAUAAUCUCCUGUAUUUCUCUUCAGGCACAUUCCAAGAUAUCCGUCUGCAGAACCUUUCUUUGUUGUUUUUUUUGUUUUGGCACAAAAGCUUUACAUAUAUGA